CACCUCUUUCACGCCAGCACCAAUAUACGCCGACAUCCAGCAAUGGCUUCGCCGGGCUCGACGAGUGCGCCCUCUGUGCGAGAUGUUCGCGCACUCAGGAGUGAGGCAACGGAUUUCGUGCACUCGGUUAUCAAAGUCGUCGUAGGACCACAUGAUGCGUCGCGAACAUUCUUCGUGCAUGAGAAGCUGGUGGUGGAGCGCGCGCCCUUCUUCGAAAGAGCUCUGAACGGGCAGUGGAAGGAGUCGGACGACAAGCUCGUGGAACUGCCUGAUGACGACCCGGACGUCUUUUUCCUCUAUUUACAGCUCCUGUACACGACCAAGCUUCACACAAGAUCGAACGAGCCGAACAAGACGUCGCGAGAAUACAAGAGGCUUGUCAAGCUUUACGUCUUGGCCGAGAAGCUUCAAGAUGUCCAAACGAGGAACAUCGUAAUCGAAGCUAUGAUAGCGAAGACUCGUGAUGAGGAAAGCUUCCCUCCCUCGUCCAUUCAUCUGAUUUAUGAUGGUACGCCUGAAGGAAGCCCGCUUCGAAAGCUCGUCGUGGAUUUGUUCACUGAUUUUGCACUGCCGGUGGAUAUCCAGAGAAUCCAGAGAAUCAAGGCGAGGGAGAGAAUGCCACCACAAGACUUCUUUCUCGAUCUGUUGCUGGAAUUUUCGCAACGGAGACCUAAGCCUUCUGGGGAGACGAUCUUUACUUGUGAUCCGACAAAGUACCAUGUGAAAGAGCCGGAUGCUUAAGACCAAGACUGGUGAAAGAAUUGAUCAGUAAGAUAAUGGAACCAUUGUGGUUGCCUAUACGCCUCCCACUCACCCGGACCGUGUGAAAAAGGCGAAGGCAAAGGAGGUCGAGAUCAAGAUCAAGACACGCGAUUUCAUCAACGCUGCUAAGAAAGGCUUAGCCGAGAUGCUAGGCAUGGGUAGUCCACCACAGUUCAUGGAGCACAUCGGAGCGCGGGUGCAGAAAGGGAGGGAGGCGCUCCGGAGGUUGAUGUGCGGUAAAUGGCGUGAGUGAGUGGCACCGAGAG